UUCAGUGGCUGGAAAAGAGGACAUCUUUAGACUUUACGAUUCUAAUGAACCCCUCCAGGGCUUUGUAUUUGUACUAUAUACCUAGGUACUAACAAGACCGAGUGAUCAAUGUCUGAAAGCUUGAGACAGCAGUUUAGCGUCCAUUGGCAGACUAGCACGGCCGACAACAACCUGACACUUCACGGGUUCCGCCGCUUCAAAACCACCCACUUGCUGAAUCUCCGCUUCUUGGAGGCCGAGAUCGCGGAGCUGGACCAUGUCAUCUACCAGGCCGGGCUCAGCUUGGACAUAGAGCCUUCCGCGGCCGAUAGACUCGGGCUGAAGCACAGCAAAAAGGACAAAGACACGCCUGAUGUCGACGAGGUUAUUACACGGGACCUCGUGCUCAAGCUGCGAGGCUUGCUCCAGCAGUAUGACGAAGCAUUGAUUGCCUUCAACCACGUCAUGUCCAUGGACACGUUCUCGCUGAUCGACGACGAGAAGCAGUCGAGCCUGCGGAGCGAGCUGACGCUGUACGAGAUCUACAAGACGCGGCUGCUGCGCGUGGACCAGGCGCCGCGCCUGCGGCAGGACAACUUCCAGCGCUGGAUCCACAAGGGCCUGCGCGCGCUCCGGUACUGGCGCCUCAACAAGCGGUCCCAGGGCGACGGCGACAAGGAGCGCCUCGGCUCGCCCAACGCGAAGGGCGAGUGGUCGUACCAGAGCACGACGCUCAUCUCGGAUGUGAUUAGUCGGCUGGUGAUGGCCACGGUCACGGCGGCUUUUAUCGUGGUGCCCCUGGUCUUGCUGUCGGGCGAGGCGAACAAGGGGGUUCAGCUUGCGGUCAUCUCGGCGUGUAUUGUGGUCUUCUCGUUUAUUGUUACGGUGCUGCUCAGGGCUUCGAAUCUGGAGAUGAUGGUGGUUUCGGCGGCGUACGCGGCGAUCUUGGCUGUGUUUGUUUCCAAUGCGCCGAAUGCGCCGUCGGCGGUAUCAUCGCAACCGUAGCCAUGGCCAUAAGCUGGCACCUGGUGGGUCACGUGGGUACCCUAGGUCAACACACUUGCGUCCUGAUCUACUAACCUAGAACGAUCUAACUUAUAUAUAGAUACUGGUUUUAGAGCCUCACUAUUAGGGUGUUUGAAUCGGUAUAAGUUUAGAGUAUGACUGGUUCAUUUCCUUCAAUUUGUAUUGUUAAACAUUGAAUGUUUGACGUGUUGAAAUGUCAUGUACUUACCUUAGGCAUGUGUGGUAUCAAUGAUAGUAUGUAGUAUCAAAGCCCUGGAGGUGCUACGUACAAAGCUCGACAGGUACUAGCCUAUAAAAUGGGUA